AUGGCUGACCAAGCUGUUGCCCGUCUCGCCGGCAUUAAUGUCGGCGCUCCGGCGCACCCUGCUCCCAGUGCUGAUUUCGGCCUCAUCGGUCUGGCUGUCAUGGGCCAGAACCUGAUCCUCAACGUUGCCGAUCACGGUUUUACUGUCUGCGCCUACAACCGCACAACCUCCAAGGUUGACCGUUUCCUGAGCAAUGAGGCUAAGGGCAAGUCCAUCGUCGGCGCUCACUCCAUCGAGGAGUUCUGCUCCAAGCUCAAGCGCCCCCGUCGCAUCAUGCUCCUCGUCAUGGCCGGCAAGCCUGUCGAUGACUUCAUCGAGUCCCUCCUCCCCUUCCUUGAGAAGGGCGAUAUCAUCAUUGACGGUGGUAACUCCCAUUUCCCCGACAGCAACCGCCGCACUCGCUAUCUCCAGGAGAAGGGCAUCAGCUUCGUCGGCAGCGGUGUCUCGGGUGGCGAGGAAGGUGCUCGCUACGGCCCCUCCCUCAUGCCCGGUGGUAACGAGGCCGCCUGGCCUCACAUUAAGGAGAUCUUCCAGAGCAUCGCCGCCAAGAGCGACGGCGAGGCCUGCUGCGACUGGGUCGGUGAUGAGGGUGCCGGCCACUACGUCAAGAUGGUCCACAACGGUAUUGAGUACGGUGACAUGCAGCUGAUUUGCGAGGCCUACGACAUUAUGAAGCGUGGUCUCGGCAUGUCCUGCAAGGAGAUUGGUGAUGUUUUCGCCAAAUGGAACACCGGUGUCCUCGACUCUUUCCUCAUCGAGAUCACCCGCGAUGUUCUCUACUAUAACGACAACGACGGCACCCCCCUCGUCGAGAAGAUCCUCGACAAGGCUGGCCAGAAAGGUACCGGCAAGUGGACCGCCAUCAAUGCCCUGGACCUCGGCAUGCCUGUCACCCUGAUCGGUGAGGCUGUCUUCGCCCGCUGCCUGUCUUCCCUCAAGGAUGAGCGUGGCCGUGCUAGCAAGAUCCUGGGUGGCCCCACCCCCAACUUCACCGGGGACCGGGCCGCCUUCAUUGAUGACCUUGAGCAGGCUCUGUACGCCUCCAAGAUCAUCUCCUACGCCCAGGGCUUCAUGCUCAUCCAGGAUGCUGCUAAGGAGUAUGGCUGGAAGCUCAACAAGCCCUCUAUUGCCCUCAUGUGGCGCGGUGGCUGCAUUAUCCGCUCCGUUUUCCUCAAGGACAUCACCAACGCCUACCGAAACAACCCCGACCUCGAGAACCUGCUGUUCGAUGACUUCUUCACCAAGGCCAUUCACCACGCCCAGGAUGGCUGGCGCAACGUUGUCAGCAAGUCCGCUCUGUGGGGUAUCCCUCUGCCCGCCUUCACCACUGCCCUCAGCUUCUACGACGGCUACCGCACCAAGGACCUGCCCGCCAACCUGCUGCAGGCCCAGCGUGACUACUUUGGUGCUCACACCUUCCGCAUCAAGCCCGAGUUCGCCAACGAGAACUUCCCCGAGGGCAAGGAUAUCCACGUCAACUGGACCGGCCGUGGCGGUGAUGUGUCUGCCUCGACCUAUGUCGCAUAA